CGGUCUUCUGACUGCCCCAUAAAAGCCGCCAGACGAAGGGAGGCGGCGAAGAGUCAGCGGGGAGUUUGUGCAGCGACUGCCUUGCUAGGACUGUGUGCUCAGCUGACCGAAUGGAUCCCGCUGUUUCUGCCAUCGCUUUGGCCCUGGGCGGCCCCUUGCUCUGGCUCUUAGUGCUGUCAGGGAUGCUGACUUUCGUGGCCUCUCACAAACUAGGAUUAACCUACCAGCUUUGGCAUCAGGUGGACACCCAGAGCCCUCGGCAUGGCGGGGAGAGUGUGGUGGAAGUGCUGAAAGCCCACGGUGUGCGUCACGUCUUCACCCUGGUGGGAGGACACAUAUCACCUAUUCUGGUGGCUUGUGAGAAGAUGGGCAUUUGUGUGGUGGACACAAGGCAUGAAACGACAGCUGUGUUUGCAGCCGAUGCAGUGGCUCGACUCUCAGGGACAGUGGGAGUUGCUGCAGUGACCGCAGGACCAGGAGUGACAAACACCGUGACGGCAAUGAAGAAUGCGCAGAUGGCAGAGUCCCCCGUGCUGUUGAUCGGAGGGGCUGCGAAGGGGCGAGAGGCUCUCCAGGACAUUGACGAGCUGUCGCUCUUCAAGCCCCUCUGCAAAUUCUGUGCCACGGUGAAGACUGUGCGGGAGAUCGUCCCUGUGCUGCGGAAGGCCAUUGCCGUUGCCCAGAGUGAUACACUAGGUCCUGUGUUUGUGGAGUUCCCUUUGGAUGUGCUGUAUCCCUAUCAUCUGGUCAAGAGAGAGCAGUUGAAAGCUCAGGCUGCGAAGGGCCUGGUGGGAAACAUGGUCAACUUGUAUCUGUGCCACUAUGUAGCGAACCUGUUUGCUGGGGCGUGGGAGCCGAGGGACCGUUCACCACUGCCAGUGAGGGUGCCGCGUGCCACCAAGGGUCAGGUCCAGCAGUGUGUGGAGCUCAUCAGCCGAGCCAAGAAACCGCUCCUCCUUCUUGGUAGCCAAGUGACAUCACCUCCGACGCCCGUAGAGGUACUCAGAGCUGCGUUAGAGCACAUGAAGGAGGAAAGACAGCCAAGUAACAGGAAGCAGAGGGCUACUUCUGUGCACCGGUACUGA